AUGGAAUUACCAGCCGUUCAAAUCCUCCUCGUUGAACAAGGAGAUCGUCCAGUUGAGCAUCUUGCAAAUUUGGUGCACUAUGAGGACCACUUUUUGGUCUAUUUCUUCAUAUCUGGUCUGAAAAGUGCGCUGAAGGAGCAGAUUCCUCCGGCGGGUCCUCGCUGGAUGCUGUGCAACUUCGUGGAGGUGGCACUGAAACUUUGCUUCUCACCAUUCACUGUGGGUGUGGAGGAUAUGGAGUCACCAGUUCCUUCAAUCAACUUCACCUUCACCCGCACCACCACCUACACACAAGCAUCCUUUAGUUGUACAGAGGUCCCAACCCACCCUGCUUUCAUAUUUGGUUACUCACUAGUAUUUCUGAUCAGUCUAGUGCUGAAUUGCAUCACAACACGAGUGUACUUCUGCACCAAUCAACACGUUAAGUCCAGCGUCACAGUCUACCUAAAGAACCUAGCCGCAGCUGACUUCUUCCUUUGCCUUUGUUUAGCUUUAAGGAUAGCUAACAAUACUAACUAUUCCAUGACAAUAUGCAAAAUUUACUGCAGUUUUGGAGCAGCAGCCUUCUAUUUAAACAUGUAUGCAAGCAUUCUCUUCAUGGACUUUAUUGCAGCAAACAGGUACUUGAAGAUUGUCCGGCCAUUGGAAACUCAUGUUCUGCAGACAGUUCGUAUCACCCACCACAUUUCCAUUGCAACUUGGCUGUCCUUGUUAUCCAUAUCCUCCAUCUACUUAAUCCUUUUUUUCCAGACCUCCUGGGAUCAUGAUCAAAGGCCAGUCGGAAAGGCAUGUUGUAGUUGUGAGUCCAUGCACAGUCCCUAUCUUAGCAUGGCCUACAAAAUCAUCCACUGUGUAUCAUUUGUUGCCUUCAUAUUUGUGUUGAUGUCUCUUAUUUUUCUGUAUUGGAAGACUCUGCAAACAAUCAGACAAGCUCAGCUCUCCACACAGGCUCUAGGCCUAUCCAGCAGCCCUAAGUUCAACAAGUCAAAGCGUAACAUGUUAGUUCUAGUGGGCGUUUUCUCUGUGUGUUUUGUGCCCUAUCAUCUGGUGAGACUGACCUGUAUGUUCACUGGUGACUGUGAAGAUAAGGCUUUGGGCAUUCUGAAAGAGUUGACUGUCCUACUUUCAGUGCUAAAUGUAUGUUUUGAUCCUCUUAUAUACUUUUUCUUCUGCAAGGCCUUUAGAGCCAAGCUGAGCCUCAGAAAGAAGAAAGAAUUGCAAAGAUCAAGUGAAAAUCAAGGCAGGGGCUGUUCUAAGCUGAUCUGA